UGCACAUGCUUACACAGGGGCAUCACGUGAUACAGGCACGCGGCUGGAAAAGCAAAGUGCCAGACAUUUGUGUAAUGUGCUGGUUUCAGCUUGCUGUUGAACCUUUUGGGAAUUACGAUAUAUAAUGCAGUUUAACAAACUAAUAUUUUGAUGGCAUGUUUAUGACGAUAAUGUUUGCUGACUGGUUAGCCUGCAACGAACACGUGGACAUUGUUGUUGUUAGCCUAGUAGCUAGCUGUCAUUCAUAGGCGACGAAACGGUUAGAUCGCACCUAUUCUGGUAAUGAAACUAAGUUACCUUGCUUGGCUCACAAAUUUAAUCAAAAGAUGAUUGUUUUCUCAACAUGACAAGUGAACGUAGAUCCCAGAAAGACUGGUAUUCUAUACUUGAAUCCAGUCCAUCGGAUAUGCUACAAGACCUCAAACAGAAGUACCAAAGACUGGCCUUAAUGUAUCACCCUGACAAGCAGGGCCCAGAUGUGACUGUGACUGAGGCAGAGGAGCACUUACACAGGUUCAUUGAGGUUGAUCAGGCUUGGAAGGUUCUGAGCAACCAGGAGACCAAGAGAGCCUACGAUCUGCAGUUGCGUGCCAGCGAACUGAAUCAGAGUUGGCCAGUCGACGCCCAUGUCUGUCUGGACGACAUGACUUGGGAUGAUGAUAACGAGGUGUACACGUAUGGCUGUCGCUGUGGAGGGGAAUUCUCCAUUGGAAGAGAGGAGGCGGAGGGAGAAGAGGCCAUUGUGUGCUGUGAUACCUGUUCACUCAGCAUAGAAGUCAAGACGACAACCUGACGGUCUCAUUGUUCGCCAGACGCCUCUAAAUCCUGAAGAGCUAGAUCAAGGAGGUUCAUAGUUUUCUUUUAAUCUACAUCCACCGAACAUGUGUCCACAUUUGAACCUUUUUAAAUGGGCACCCCCAUGGGACCUUGUGCACUUGUCUAUUGGACAAUGAAAGGAAAUUUGAUUUUGCUCUUUUAAAUGUCAUGCAAUAAAAUCAUUGUGCAAAAUUCAACUAACAACCAAUCAAGUGAACUGUCAUGAUAAUGGGAGUGUGGGUCUCACAUGCACGCACUUCAUAUAAUGGGCUCUAGUUUAACAGACCUUACACAAUGGUAAAUCUAAGCGCAGGUGGUAGCGCUAUAGGUUCAGGGGUGUGUCAGAAAUAUUUUUGCUAUUUUCAUAAUCAAAAUUAUCGGCGCACUUGCCGUUGGUGCGAAAGGGCUGGGUUUUUGAAUAAUCAGUGUGUAGAGGCUUGGCCCCUCACUGGCCAAUCAGAAAAUGCUCCAUGGUGAAAUAUUUGGUUGCUUCAAGUUCUGUAUUUAGGGUCUUUUAUGUAUUGCCUUGGAAUCAACUCCAGUUACAAUGUUAGUCCAUUUUAUAGUUUGUUAAAUAAUCAAAUGUAUACCUGUCUUUGCUAAAUACAUUAACUUGAACCCA